AUGAUGUAUUAUUCUUUUGAGCUUGACGAUGAAAGUAAAGAAUUAUGCACGAUUGUUACACAAUACGGCAAGUAUCAGUAUCAACGAAUGGCGAUGGGAUUAAAACCUGCUCCUGAUGUUGCUCAAUACUACAUUGAGAAAACAUUGCAUGGGUUAAAAGAGCAAGGUGUUGAAGUCUACAUCGACGAUGUUGGACUCUUUUCUAAUUCUUAUGAAGAACACAUGCAAUUGAUCAAGACAGUGGUCGAGCGUCUACAAUCUUUUGUCUGGACCAACGAAUGUAAUACUGCAUUCAAGACUAUGAAGUCUUUGAUGGUUAGCGAUAUAUUAAUGCGCUAUCCAGAUCACAACAAGCCCUUUGAACUCUACACUGAUGCUUCUGACUAUCAAAUGGGCGCGGUGAUCAUGCAAGACAAGAAGCCGGUUGCGUAUUGGAGUCGCAAACUCAAUGAUGCACAAAAGAACUAUUCUGUAAUGGAAAAAGAAUUGUUGGCUAUUGUGCAUUGCUUGAAAGAGUUUCGAUCUAUGCUUUACGGUAAAGACAACGUUUUGGCCGACUGUUUCUUGCGUUUACCGCGAAUUGAGAAACCGUCUGAGGGGAAGAGUUCGCUUUCUAAAGGUAAAUUGAUCGCAUUUGACAAACUCAAAGUCAAAAUGGAUCCCGAAGAUGAAAUGUACUCGUUUGAAGAAGAUGUUCUUCUUCCUCCUCCAUCUGAAGCUGAAUUCAAUCGUACCUUCAAAUGUUCUUUCUCCUGUUGCCGAGAUGGUGACCAUGGACAUGAUGCAAUUGAAAAUGAUGAGAUGCUUGAAUCGUUUUUGAAUCAUCCUCCAUUGGAAGUUAUGCCAAAUCCAAUCACGAUGGCAAACAUCCGACAACAUCAGCUCCAAGAUGUUGCACUCAUUCAAAAAUCGCAAAAUGCAGCAACUUGGGCUCAGUAUCCCAUCAUGCAAAUUGACAAUCGAAAUGUGAUCUGCUAUCGUGCAGAUUUGAAUAAACCUAACGAGUGGAGAAUUCACUUGCCUGAAACUUUGGUUGCUCCUGGAACACGCGAGGAGUUGGUGUUUUUGGCGUCUUUUGCGCGCGUUGAAUAUUUAGUAGAAAUUGAACUUUCAGAAAUAGUUUUUUGCAGUCGUUCUGAAAAGAGAAAAGACCGAAUGCUGAAGAGGAGUAAAAACCCGGAUGUAACAGUAGUCUUUGCUCUCUGUCACAUUGUAGGCUCAAUCCUUCCAGAUACUCCAAAAUCCACUCCCAGAGGCGACUAUAUCUUGAUUGUUCGUUGUGCAGAGGGAGAAGAAGUGAUCACUGCAUCAUGUUUCCAAUCAAUUGAAUGGUAUGUUGGAAAAAACAGAUUGGCUUCAAAACUGAAGUUGUAA